AUGGCUGUUACCUAUACUGGUGGUUAUUCUGCGCCUGGCAGCCAGACUCUCCCAUCUUUUCGCGAACUCCUCCCCGAACAUCUCCAUAAUGAAAUAGAUCAAGCCGCAUAUUACUCCUCACAAUCCCGCCCAACGGAUCGCCAUCGCACCCCAGAUCCCAACAAAUCAAGAUCCUCACUCCCAUAUCCGCACUCAUCAACAACAACAUCCGGCGGUGGUCGCGGACCAAGUCACACCCUACCGCCACUAAGAGACCUGCAAUCCUCAAACCGCCACCACGACCGUCCCAUGAGUCCGUACGACGAUGCCCCCAGUCGAUCUGGAUCAAGGGCCGGAAGAGGGUACCGAACGAGCACAGAAGAAGACCCUAGAUACCGUUCAGUUUCAGGCGGUGGUGGCGGCGGUGCUCUGUAUAAUGCAUAUGACCCGCGUUAUGUCCAACAGCCUUACCAAGGAUCUUCGUACCCGAGCAGUAACCAUUCUAAUCAGAGCAAUGACUACGAUUACCCAACGUCGUCACCCAUGGGCGGACAUAGUCACACAAUACCUACUUCUUCGGGAAAUUUCGGUGUGAUUGGUGCCAGUGGCGAUUCACUCGACUCGCGCGGAAAAAGGAGAAGGGGGAAUCUACCAAAACCCGUCACGGAUGUUUUGCGUGCCUGGUUUCAUGAGCAUUUAGAUCAUCCGUAUCCGACGGAGGAGGAUAAGCAGAUCUUCAUGUCGAGGACGGGUUUGUCUAUAAGUCAGAUUAGUAAUUGGUUUAUCAACGCCCGACGACGACAAUUACCCGCUCUGCGAAAUCAACUCCGGAACAGUGAUGGCGAGCAUAUCCCACGGGGACAUUCGCCGAUGAGUGAUGUCGAAACAUCAAUUUCGCCGCCUCAUUCGCAUAUGACAUCUCCGACGCAUUCGAGACAUCGAUAG